AUGUUGCCAUUCCAGCUCCUGAGCCUCACCGCCGUGUGGGCCGCCACCUCUUCGGCACGCUACAUUGUGCCAGGCGGGCGAUGGCGAGACACGGAUGGCAACCUUGCCAAUGCGCACGCGGGUAACGUGGUUCACGACCCGGCGAGUGGGAAGUUCUACUGGUUUGGAGAGUAUAAACUCGAGGGCCAGGUGGAGGGUGGUGGUGUGUCCGUCUACAGCUCCGACGACCUGGCUACAUGGACGCACCAUGGUCUUGCUCUCGCUCCCAUCGAAGGUGACCCCAUCCUCGGUCUCGACAAGAUCAUCCAGCGGCCCAAGGUAGUCUACAGCGAGGUCACUAAUAAGUACCACAUGUUGUGGCACGCGGACAACUCGACCUACGGCCUUCUGCUGCAGGGCCUGGCCCAGUCCGACAACAUUGCAGGACCCUACGAAUUUGUCUCGGCGACCAAGCCCCUCGGUAACUGGUCUCAGGACUAUGGACUGUUCACCGACUACAAGGACGGCCGAUCCUACGCGCUGUACUCGAACGGUGACACCGUCGAGGGACGGGACGACUACAUCACCUCCUACAACGACGCCAUCACGGACCUCGAUGAGGUAGUGUACCGCUUCAACAAGUUCGACCUCGAGGCACCAGGAAUCGUGCAGACAGACGACAGCUACUACAUACUCAUGAGCCACAAGACAGGCUACCGGCCCAACGACGUGGUGGCCUUCCGCGCCGACGACCUCGCCGGCCCAUGGAGCCAGCCCUUCAACGUGGCCCCUCCCGACACGCGCACCUACAACAGCCAGAGCGGCUUCAUCCUGCGCAUCAACGGCACGAAGAAGGUGACCAACCUGUACCUCGGCGACCAGUGGGACAGCAACUCGCUGUGGGAGAGCCGGUACAUAUGGCUGCCGAUCGAGAUCGACGACGAGAAGAAGUCGCUCGAGGUGGUCUGGAACGACGUGUACGACCUGGACGUUGUGACAGGCGAGUGGAGCCCCGUCGAGGGGACGCCGUACUACGCGCACGACGCCGAGACGACGGGCGACGCGUUCCUGCAGGAAGCCACCUUCGCCAGCGGCGGCCUCAUCGCCACGGGCAUCUACGGCAAUGAAUCCAAGGUAACCUUCAGCGGGAUCGAGGGCACGGGGGAGCCGCAGUGGGUGUCUUUCUACUACCAGAACACCGACGACAUGGGCUUCGGGAACCAGCCGGGCGGCACCCCGGACCGCAUCGGCGGCAAGUGGCAGCUCCGUCGCAUCGCCAGCGUGGUGGUCAAUGGGGACACGGAGAACCUCCAGACCCUGUUCCAGAGGGACACGAACAAGGGCGUCAUCCUGUCGACGCCUCUACAGCUGACCCUAGAGAAGGGAAGCAACAACACCAUCACCAUUGGUGGACUGUACAACGGCUUCGACUACAAGGGUGCUGACAUUGAUCGGUUGGUGGUGUACCCGCCCGAGAAGUCUAGCAACUUGACGGCAAGCGCAGCACGCCCAAGUUUCUAG